AUGACUAGCAGUGAGAGCAGUAAUCACCAUCAUAAAAAGACGCUUCAUUUGAACUCUCAAGGAAGAAAACCUUGGUACCAUGCUGAUGGAUCCAUUGCUAAUCCAUACAUGAUUGGCGUUGCAGGUGGCAGUGCUAGUGGAAAGACCAGUGUCGCCGAACGCAUCUUGAAAAACUUGAAUGUGCCAUGGGUUGUUAUCAUCUCGAUGGAUUCCUUCUACAAUGUCUUAUCGCCCGAGAACAGCAAAUUAGCACACCAAAACCGAUUUGAUUUCGAUCAUCCUUCCGCAUUUGAUUACGACUUGCUGUUUGAAACACUUAUAAAGCUCAAAGAGGGCAAAUCAGUGACAGUGCCUAUUUACAACUUUUCUACACAUUCAAGAGAGGAAGCAACUACCACUAUUUAUGGCGCCAAUGUCAUUAUCUUUGAAGGUAUUCUCGCUUUAUACGAUAAGCGAAUUAGAGAUAUGAUGGAUAUGAGAAUUUUUGUGGAUACAGAUUCUGAUAUUCAAUUGGCAAGAAGAUUGCAGAGAGACACUUUGCUGCGUGGGCGUGAUGUGGAAGGCAUUUUAGAUCAAUACACUCGCUACGUGAAACCUUCGUUUGACAACUACGUUCGACCUACUAUGAAGCAUGCUGAUGUGAUUAUUCCAAGGGGUUUGGAAAAUGCCAUUGCCAUUGAUUUAAUGACAAAGCACAUCCAGAGUCAACUCCAAGAGAACAUGAUCAACCUGAGAUGGGGCCUGCUAGAUACACCUGUCAACGACCAAUUACCAGACACUGUUACUAUUUUACCUGCAAAGAACCAAAUUAAGGGAAUCCAUACCAUUUUGAGAAAUUACAAGACACCUAGAGACGAGUUUAUCUUUUAUGCUGAUCGAUUAGCAGUGUUGUUGAUGGAAAAUGCUGUGAGCUGUCUUCCAUCUGAACCUGUUACAGUAACCACACCUGUAAAUGCAACAUAUCAGGGCCUCAAAUUCAGUCAAAAGAUUUGUGGUGUUUCUAUUUUGCGUGCUGGUGGAACAAUGGAAGCUGGAUUAAAGCGAGUGUUUGCUGAUGCUGUGAUUGGAAAGCUAUUGAUCCAGACCGAUCCAAAUACUGGUGACCCAGAGCUUCAUUACUGUAAAUUGCCCAAAGAAAUUGGAGACUACGACAUCAUCCUGAUGGACGCUAUGGUGGGCACUGGAGCAGCUGCUUUGAUGGCUAUCCGUGUACUGCUAGAUCACGAAGUGCCAGAGGAACGUAUCAUUUUCGUGUCUUUCCUCGCUGCACAGAUUGGUCUUACCGUAAUUACAAAUGCAUUUCCUCGUGUAAAGAUUGUUACAUCUAUGGUGGACCCCAAUUUCAAUAGAGAGAAACUCUGGAUUGAGCCUGGAAUUGGUAAUUUUGGAGAUCGUUAUUUUGGCACAGAAGAAGACGAAGAUUAA